UCCACUACUGUAAACCCUUGAAUCAAACCCAUUCAAUAUCCCGGCUCUGCUCUGUCUCUGCAAACGGGAGCAAAACUGCGGGGGGAAAAAAAAAACUAUUACAAAUUAUUUUUCAGUCACGACACAGCUUCGCAAGACUUUUGAGCAACACGACUGGGCAUGCAUUGAACACACGCAAAGAAGAAAAAGAAAAAGAACCCGCUGGGUAUUUUUAAAAACAAUUCAUCAAUAUAAGUUUGUGGUUUGUCAAGCUACAUAUGAAAGUACCUUGGCUGCUAAAGGGGACGAGCCACAGCGACGUUUUGGCGCAUUUUGAUCGCCGGUUACCUGCCUGCGUCGCUAGGAGAUAGUGGAGAGAGGAUGCUGUCACGGAUGAGUGAACUGUGGGCCGACUGGAUCUGGUUCCCGGAGGGUCAUGGCUGGGCGGACUUUCAGGAUCGGAGCGAUGGUAAAGUCUUCCCCCAAAUGUCCGACCUGUGGACCACCCUCCCCAUCGCACUGUGCUUCCUUUUAGUCAGGCCCUUGUUUGAGAGGACAAUAGCGGGUCCCCUGGCCGCCCUUCUGGGAGUGAGGGACAAACCCAGAGUCUGUGCCUCUGCAAAUCCUACUCUGGAGUCCUAUUUCCGCAGCACAUCAAAACACCCCUCACAGAGCUCCCUGGAGAGAUUAAGUAAACAAACAGGUGUCUCAGUGCGACAGGUCCAGAGGUGGUUCAGGCGCCGGCGAAACCAGGACCGUCCUAGCAAAGUCAAAAAGUUCCAGGAAGCCAGUUGGAGAUUUACUUUUUACCUUGGUGCUUUUUUUGCUGGACUGGCUGUACUUGUUGAUAAACCAUGGUUUUAUGACCUGAAGCUAAUGUGGGAAGACUUUCCAAAAAUGCCUCUGCUGCCCUCUCAGUACUGGUACUACAUGAUUGAACUGGGAUUUUAUAUCUCACUGCUUUUUAGUGUGGCGUCGGAUGUCAAACGAAAGGAUUUCAAAGAGCAGAUUGUUCACCACGUGGCCACUAUCUCCCUCAUUGGUUUCUCGUGGCUUGUGAACUAUAUUCGGGCCGGGACUCUCAUCAUGUUGGUGCACGAUGCAGCUGAUUAUCUUAUGGAGUCAGCCAAAAUGUUCAACUACGCGGGCUGGAAGAGGACAUGUAACCUCAUCUUCACUGUGUUUGCAGCGGUCUUUAUCAUCACUCGCCUUGUCAUUCUGCCCUUCUGGAUCAUUCACACGACAUGGGUGUACCCUUUGACCCUGUACCCGCCUUUUUUCGGGUUCUACUUCUUCAACGGGCUGCUGUUUGUGCUCCAAGCACUGCAUGUCUUCUGGGCCGCCCUCAUUAUCCGAAUGGUCAUGAAGUUCCUCCCUGCAAAUCAAAUUGUUGAAGACGAGAGGAGUGACAGGGAGGAAUCCGAAUCUGAGGAGGAGAACGAAGUAAUCAAAGAGAAAUCCACAAACGGACAUGUGCAGAACGGACACAUUCCCCUCAACAACAACCACCGGAAAAUUGACUGAUGGUUAGUUAGUUAGUUAGUUAGUUAGUUUAUUCAGACACACACAGAAAAUAAAUAAAACAUUGUCACAGUCACAUACACAUAUAUAGAAUUUGUUCAUUGUGUCUGAAAGGCAUAGGCUGAAGCAAAGCUUAUUUAUGCCUGCCUGAACUGAACUGAUGGGACAGAGAACAGGAGAGGACGAGAGAUUCCCUGCUUAUGGUCUGAAAGCCAAAGAUUUGAAACAUGGCACUUUUUAAGAGGACAAAACAGCACAUUAACAAUAUAAAAUAUCCAACAUUUUGAAGAGCCGAUCUUGUACUGUUUUGCCUUCUCUGUUCUGUUCUGCCAAUAUUUUGUGCUCUCGACCAAGUUGGCACAGCUCUGAUCAUUUCAUAUAGCUUUUGAUUUGUUACUGGAAUUUAAGUUAACAUGUUCAAAGUAAGAGUUUGUUGAUUUUAAAAAGUACUAAGCUGAGUAACAAACUUUUAUGGACAAUGAUACAGUUGCAGUAAGCAGUUUAACAGCUGUGCUGCAUAAAUAUUUAGGAUUUUUAUUUCCAAAAUACAUCUGUUUUGACCAAGAAAAGGUUGUAGCAGUAAAAAAUCUGUUCUUUUGUCAAUUGGGACAUUUUGCCAUACGACCCACAUUAGGCUACCUUUACUAGUUUUAAGUUUAUUUUUAAGUGUUUUUUAUGUUUGCAAUUGAAUCGGUGAUUCAAAGUUGGGAGCAACUUAUGUAAAAAACAACCUAAUUGUUCAUUGAUUCAUUACUAGCUGGAAAAGUCUGUACCAUUUCAAUAGCAGUGUUGCUUUCACAUGCACUUUAAGUUUUAUAAACAACAAUAAUAUUUCAGCAAGGCACUGCUGUAUGAAUAUAGUAGCUCAAAUUAUCCAUAUCAUUUUUAGGACGAUACAAAUUUAACAUUGCAUUUUCUAUUGAGAUGUUUCAUCUUAUAGGUUUUGACUUGUUUUGUAAAAUUAUGUAAAUUUGAUUUCAAAUAAGGAAAUCAUUUUGCCAAAGUUAAGUUUACAUUGCCUAACUAUAUUUAAAGUGCCUUCCAAUUCAGUUUAGUACUUCAUAAUACUCACUGUAGCCUCUAACUUGGAUCACCUGCCUCCGACUGAAGUGCUUCCAGUAAUGUUUAU